GUUUAAAACGCUUCAGUGAUUCUUCUGCAUUCUCGUGGGUUGAUGGGACGCCCCUUGACUUUAAUCUUUGGAAAAACGGCGAACCAAAUCAACCUGAAAAGUUUUGCACAAGACUAGAUAGUAGUGGAGAAUGGAAAGAUGGCGAUUGUGAUAAAUUUAAAUCAUUUCCAUGCGAAAAAGGUGAACAAUCCUUACAUUUAAUUGUUUUGUUUUCUAGAAAUCACGGUGUAUGUUCAUUUGGUCAUGCUUUUGAUCCGUAAGUCCGGAUCUUGCAAUGGAUAAAGAUCUGGGCUUACAGACUGAAGACUUUCCUAAAUGAACAAACGCAGUGUUUUCCAAUAUAAUAUGUUUAUGAUAUGUGAGAUAGUAUGCUUCGUUGAAGUAAUCUUGCAGCAAGCCAGUGUAGCUGUGUAAGACUUAAACUCUCCAAAGUCAUUUCCAGACCCUUCUAUGGCGCGCUUCACUUCGCUCGGGUCGCGCGCUCCCUUCCCCGUGUCCUCCCUCCCCCAUGGUCGACUUGUGGCAAGUCUAUGUAAGACUAUAACAAGUUGUUAACAACCUAACAGCAAGCAGAGAGAACACAGCCUAAUAUACCAAUAUUUUAACAAAUCUGUUGUUGUCCAACACUAUUGCUCUAACAACUAACUAACAUCGUCUCAUUUUAGUUCUAGCUCCUGAUGAUGUGAAGCCCAAAGAUUGUCUAGAGUUGCUGCUAUCCGGAACGACCCGUAGUGGUGUAUAUUUCAUUGAUCCAGAUAGUUUGGGUCCUUUUCAGGUAUUUGUGUUAGCGAUAUUUAGCCCACUGAAAAACACGUAUGUGAUGUGGGUAUCCUGGAUAAAUAUAAUUAUUAUAUUGUGAAAGUCAUUAAUAAUUCCUGAAGAAAACACAAAAGAAAUCAUGAGCGUGAAGGAGUUUGUAUAUCUGAUACAGAAUCACGCUGAUUCACAUAAACUUUAAGUUGAAUUCUCACCAAAUAUCAUUCAUUUAUUUUAAAUUGUUGAAGAAUACGAAGUUCUCAUCGAGACGUUUCACAAGCUAUAUAAAGCAUUCGCAUCCGUGUUGUAUCAGACAUACAACCUCUCGUCUUCAGCCCGAGUUUGUAUACCUGAUACAACACGGCCACUUAUGCUUUAUCUAUUACUUAUACAUGGUUAUUAUUUCCAGGUGUAUUGUGAUCAAGACACUGUAGGUGGUGGCUGGACCGUACUCAUGAGACGAGUGGACGGCACUGAAUAUUUCAACCGUACUUGGGAAGAAUACAAAAAUGGUUUUGGUUCGCUAGAUCAAAAUUUCUGGCUUGGAAACGAGUUGAUUCACAGACUAACAGCAACAAAACAAGAGGCGUUGUUUGAUAUUGAAUCCGAUACAGGCGAUAACUCGAUGGUCUUGUAUAAAAAUUUCAAAGUGGAUAGCGAAGAUAACAAAUAUAAGCUUACCAUCGACGAAUAUGAGAGCUCAGAUCGCAGUGAUUCGAUGAGUGAGUCGAAUGGAAAGUUUUUCACUACCAAAGAUCGAGACAAUGAUGAGCAUGGUGGAAAUUGUGCGGAUAUUUCAAACGGCGGCUGGUGGCACAGAUCUUGUGCUAAAGCGUAUUUGACUGGGACGUAUGAACCGAGUGACCCUGAGUUCAGAAUGCGGUGGGGCGGAUGGACUCUGUCCGGUGGAGAAAUAAAACUCCGGCGAAAAUCAAGUAAGAUUAACACUGUUUUACACUAUCAAAGUUUCUGUGAUCACAGUAGGAAUUCUGCGUAGGUAAAUUCUUAGCUGUGAAGGAUUUGUAAGAAAUGUUUGAGAGAAUUGUUAAACAAUUAGUUGCCUCGCACAUUUCUUACAAAUCCUUCAAAACUUAAAAUUUACGUAUGCAAAAGUUCUACUGUAAUCAUAGAAGCUUUCAUAGUUUAAACCAACCUUUGGUGUAGAAUCGGAAAGUCCCUCACUUUAAUUUUCGACGGAUUUGUCAAACACGGAUAUCAAAUUGCUGGGGGGGAGGAUGGAUUAAGUUUGUGUAAUCUUCAAUGAAAGUCGUCACGUAGCAACAAAAGCAGUUAUUACCUGAUGCAUUUAAAUUUGAAUUUAUACCCCUUCGUUUAUUAAUAAUUUAUACUUUGUUUAUCAAUUAGUUUAUAAAUGAAAUACACUACUGUUGUUUUUAGUUGUAGAAUGUGACAGCAAGUAUUGUUACUACUGGACGCGACAGACGAAAUCGUGGCUUAAGGCUCUUGACAAUUGCCGUAAUUUCAGUGCUGAUCUUGUGUUCAUAAAGAGCACAGCAGGAAAUGACAUUCUUGCAGAUCUUUCCGUUUCCAAUCAUGGUCAUGAUGAAAUAUAUGUGGGUAUGUAUGUGUCAACUUGUCAAGUUUGUGAAUAACUAAUGAGCUAUGAUUCCGAUUGUGAAGUCAUAGCCUGCAAAGCAGGCGUUCGCGGGCUUGGUUCCUGGCGCCUGUUUGCAGGUAGUGAAGUCAUUCAGUUGAACGGUAAGGCGAUUGCUUCCAGUUUGACUCCACUAAACACCGCAAGUUUUCUUCUAGUACUGCAGUUUCCUCCUGUAGUAACACUGGAUCAAUAAUAGAUGAUCCUUAUUGGACCUCUAGGAAAGACAGUUCCGAACUGAUAGUAUCUAGAUCUAAUCCAGUAUUAAUAAAGUUAGCUUAGUUUAGGUUUCCUCCUGUAGUAACACUGGAUCAAUAAGAGAUGAUCUUUACCAGACUUCUAGGAAGAACAGUUAAGAACAGAUAAAGCUAUCCAGUGGAAAUAAAGUUAGUUUAAUUUAGGUUUCCUCCUGUAGUAACACUAGGUAAACGAGAGAUAACCCUUUUGGACCUCUAGGAAGAACAGUUUAAAACUAACAAUAUAUAUAGUGCUAGUUUAGUUUCCAUCAAGUGACAAGCAAAACAAACUUUGCUUCAUAUUUCUGUUGCCAGGCCUGGGAAUGGGAGAUACAGCGACAUGGACAGGAGGUGUACCUGUUACUACCAACUUGUUAACUCAACCACUGCCUGCAGAUAAAUGCGUUGUCCUUAAAGCGAAUAGAGAAUGGGGAAUGGUGGACUGUGAGGAGCCGAAAUUCUUUGUUUGUAUGAGAGGUUCGCAAACAAAAUUUGUAUUUGUAGAGAUACCAACACUCAUGAUUGCUCUGCAUGGGCAGUGUCACCCUCCUUUUUCCGCCAUUAAUUUGAAUAAUUUCUCCUUCAUCAAAUAUAUACAAUUAGAAUAAUUGCAAUGCAAUGCUCUGCACAACUUUUCUCUUUUGAGUUCUAUAAGUAACUAAAAUACUCAUUAAUUAAUAAUUCAUAAACCUUGUGGCAAUUAAGUCAUGUCAGCCAUAAUAUGUCACGUGGAGUGACUUUAUAUCUGAUAAAGCAUGUAGCAUCAUAUAAUUGUUCAUCCUAAUUAGUAUGAUUAUAUAAGUACUAUUUACAACAUGAGCGGCCGUGUUGUAUCGGAUAUACAAACUCGAGCCGAAGGCGAGAGUUUGUAUAUCCGAUACAACACGGACGCGAAUGUUGUAAAUGACUUAAAAAACGACUCAUCUUAUGAGUUCAUUGAGGAAGUAAUUUUAAAAAUAAACGUUGUCUAAGCCGAGAAAAUCAAAGUUAAAGUUUAUGUAAUUCAACAUGAAUCUAUAUCACAUAUACAGAUACGACAGCUUAUGAUUUUUCUUUGUGUUUUCUUCAUGAAUUAUUAUUUUGUAGUCGUAUUUUUAUGUACCCGUCAGUGUGGGGAAAAGGACCCUCAUUGAGACUUAGUUCCAGUAGUUGUAAUUUCUUAAAAAAUGCCCUGUCAUGAUUACUAGAUUGAAUUGAUAUCGAAGGAACUAGAAUCAGUUCCGAAAUAUCACAUACUCGAACCGACCUGACUACGUAGCUCAGUUGGCCCAUAGUUAAUAGAGGAGAUGGUUUGGAAACUCAUUAGCAUUACAAUAAACCUCACUAUCUAUGUUUUUGUUCUGGUUUAUGCAAAAAUGUGGUCUUUCAUCGUCACGUGCGUAUUGUAUUUUUGCUCAACCAGCCAAUAGCAACGGUUUUGUCCAAUUGCCCAUCCAUGGCUUUAACAAUAGGACAUUUUGAACAUUCCUGUUGGUUGACUUGAGAAAAAUACAAUACGCACGUGACGAUGAAAGACCACAUUUUUGCAUAAACCUGAACAACGAUAAUGAGGUUUAUUGUGAUUUAAUUGUAAUGCUAACGAGUUUCCAAACCAUCUCCUCUAUUAACUAUGGUUGCCCACAUGCUCGAACCGACCUGACCGCGUAGUUCAGUUGGCAGAGCAUUGGGCUAGUAUUUCAAAGGUCGUAGGUUCGAUUCCCACCGUGGCCAGGCAUAUUUUUCAAGCUUGCCCGGUGUGGAUAUACAGUCAGAGUAAUAACAUAAGCAUCAUAUAUUUUUUGUUUGUCAUUUCAGGAAAGUAUUGUUACAAAGGCGAUUGUUAUUUUGCAGCUGGUGCAACAAAUAAAGUAUACAGUGAUGCUGUUAGUAAAUGCACGGAGCGUGGUUACAAGUUACCAAAGAUCUCCAGUAGAGGAGAACAUCUUUUUGCCAGGAAAAUCAUGCGCGUUGCUACAUCAGAUUCUUCCACUCCUUCAGUGUUCACAGGUACGUUGACUGCUGAUCUCAAGUACCUGGAUAGAUGUCGGAACAUGGACAAUAGAAUAAGGUUAGGGAACUCGAUGCAGCCAUAAUAGACUUCAUUAUCUAUGUUUUUGUCUUGGUUUUUGCAAGAAAUCAGUGGUCAGUUCAUCGUCACGUGUGUAUUGUAUUUUCGCUAGAGCAACCAAUAGACCAAUUGCACUGACGUCACAAAUCCUUAGAGUGUCCUCCAGAUGCUCCCUAACAAUAUCUGUUUGGAUACAACAACAACAUACAGCGCAAAAAUUAACCAUUUUAAUACAAAAUUAUUGUAAAGUUUUAUAAAAUGUGCUUUCUUUACAAAGUUAUAUUGUGCAUAGGUUGCUAAUUUGUCCUCCAGAUGCAUCGUCACCGGCGCUGUGACGUCAUGUGCAAAGGGUCUAUAGCUAUGUUUUCAUUUAACCAUUGUGUAAUAUCACGACUGGGUAAUCAGGUUAGUUGAGCGCGCGAAAAAACAAUACACAGGCGACAAUGAACCGACCAUUUCUUGAAUAAGCCAAGACAAAAAACAUGUCUACAUCAAGUUCUCUGACCUUCAUGGCCCGCAGCAUCUCUGGCUUUAUCUGUUGGUGAAAAGUAAAGCCCUGUGCCAACAACAAAACAUUGAAAUUAGAAAAAAAAUAUGUGCCAAGCUUCGGGAAACAGCAAACAAUAUUUCGUGCUUUCCCCAACCUUUGAUAAGUUUUUGAUAAGCAUGGUUCAGAAACAAUGUUUCCUGUUUUUCCCACGUUUGGAAAACAUUGCUUAGAUAGUUACUUGUUGUUGUCCUUCAGCAGUGUAGUGUGAAACGUGUGUUUUUUUCCAAAUGGGGUCAAAUCGUGUGGUGAAUGAUUUGACUCCAUUUGGAGAAAAAAUAAAUAUGGCUUAAAUAGGCCAAUGCUUUAGGGUAUACAAAGGUUAGUGCGUGUACUCGUUACAUUAACUCAAGCCCUGGUCAAAUGAGAAUGAGAGUUGAUGAGAGUUGAUAAGCGAGAGUUUGCAUGAGAGUUUUCUCAACUCUCAUGUCCCGGUCAAACGAGAACAAGAGUUGCAUGAGAGUUGAUGAGAGUUGAGAAGCGAGAGUUUGCAUGGGAGUUUUCACAACUCUCAUACCCCGGUCAAACGAGAACAGGAGUUGCAUGAGAGUUGAUGAGAGUUGAUAAGCGAGAGUUUGCAUGGGAGUUUCCUCAACUCUCAUGUCCCGGUCAAACGAGAACAAGAGUUGCAUGAGAGUUGAUGAGAGUUGAUAAGCGAGAGUUUGUAUGAGAGUUUUCACAACUCUCAUGUCCCGGUCAAACGAGAACAAGAGUUGCAUGAGAGUUGAUGAGAGUUGAUAAGCGAGAGUUUGCAUGGGAGUUUCCUCAACUCUCAUGUCCCGGUCAAACGAGAACAAGAGUUGCAUGAGAGUUGAUGAGAGUUGAGAAGCGAGAGUUUGUAUGAGAGUUUUCACAACUCUCAUGCCCCGGUCAAACGAGAACAAGAGUUGCAUGAGAGUUGAUGAGAGUUGACUGUGUAUUGCCGUAAUCUUGCAAUUCUCAUCAACUCUCAUCCUCGUUUGAGCGAGCCUUAGUCUUGUUUAACUUUAAAGGUCUCAGAUUAGUCGGCACAGAGUUCCAGUGGAAGGAUGGCUCAAAGUUGCAAUAUAAUCAGUGGAGUCCUGGUGAACCAACCGGCGGUGGAGAAUACCUCGUUGUUCUUAGUACAAACGGCUUUUGGGACGUACCAGAUUCUUACACCGGGAGAAUUCUAUGUGAGAAAGGUAUAAACCUAUUAAAUCUCUGAUAAACCAUUAAGACACUGUUUCUUUUAAAGACUCUCUCAAAUCAUCAUAGGAUCAUUAUCAGCAUCACCAUCACUAUCACCAUUACACCCUCUAUCUUAUUAAUUCAUCACCAUUAUCACCGUCAUCACACCACCGUCAUCAUUAAUUUGUCACCAUAAUCAUCAUCACCAUCACUACCACCAUCACCGGCAUCACACCUCUAUCAUUAAUUCAUCACCAUAAUCACAGCCAUGACACCACCAUCAUCAUCAUAAUCACCACCAUCACUACCACCAUCACCAGCAUCACACUUCCAUAAUCAGUAUUAAUUCAUGACCAUAAUCACCACUAUCAUCAUCACACCUCUAUCAUCAUCAUUAAUUCUUUACCAUAAUUACCAUCAUUCUCAUCAACUUCACAUCACCCCAAAACCAUCACCAUCAUAAAAACAUCUUCACCAUCAUCAACGCAUACUCACAACCUCCUUUGUCUCUUAGCUCUCACUGUGAAGAGUUGUGCCCAAGUGACAAAAUAUGGCCGCAGUGAAAGUGGUUAUUACUCGCUGCAUACAGGAAAUCCCAAACUGCUAACAGUCUAUUGUGAUUUGAGCAGUUCUGACGGACCUUGGACGGUGAUUCAGAAAAGAAUAUACAAUACACCACCCUUAGAUUACGCCAGAAAAACAUGGGCAGAUUUCACAGAUGGAUUCGGACAAUCGGAGUCGAACUUUUGGCUUGGUAAUAAGCACAUUCACGAACUAACUAAGACGCCACAGAAGCUGAAGAUUCUCCUGCAUACCGCAGAUUUUAAUGUGUAUGAAGCAAUAUACGAAGACUUUACUAUUGGAGAUGAGGCUUCAAAGUUUGUGCUUAAUUUUGGAGCUUAUUCAGGUGAACACAGUAUGUCUUGUAUUUUGCACAUGUUUAACCCUAUUUAUACCGGAUAGUUCGGGUAAAUACCUACCUAAAAUGAUAAUGUUUUGUGAUUGACUUUCAGAAACAAAAAGGAUCAUUGUUCGUGACUCGUUCUUUAGAAAGACGAUUUCUAUAGUUUUAUUGUCUUUCACUGUUAUAAUCAACCAACCACGAGCCUGGAUAGUAUAGGUAGAUGAUGACCUGUUAGUUCUAUCAGUCCAAAACUGUUCUAUCUAGGGCUCUAUUAAAGUGAAUGACACAUUUACCUGUUUCCAGAGGUCAUGCUUCAUUACUAUAUAUUCUAUUUCUAUGUACAGGGACAGCUGGUGAUUCAUUGUUUUUCCAUCGUGGAAUGAAAUUUUCAACGGUAGAUCAGGAUAAUGAUCCAAUCACAGCUGGUGUAUGCACAACUGAUCAUCCAGGAGGGUGGUGGUUCUCCAACUGUCUAGAGUCCAAUCUCAACGGCGUGUUCACCACUAAAACUAAUGAUCUCUAUACUUUGUAUUGGAAAACCAUUUCUCAACCAAUCAUCAAAACAGAGAUGAAGAUUCAAGCGUACAAGAAAGGUACUUUAAGAUUGUAGGAAGGUCAGCAACAACAAAACAGUCAACAACAACAACAGCAGCGGCAACAACAACAACAACAGCCACAGCAAUAACAACAGCAGUAACAACAACAACAACAGUAGCAGUGGCAACAACAACAGCAGUAACAACAACAACAACAACAACAACAGCAACAGCAACAGCAACAACAACAACAGCAGUAACAACAGCAGCAAUAACAACAGCAGCAACAACGACAACGACAACGACAACGACAACGACAACGACAACGACGACAAUAACAACAACAGUCAACAGACAAUUCCAACUAAGAUAACGAAUUUGCCUUCUAGAUCCAGAUUUUCUACCAGAUGGCCUGAUUCAAAACGAAAUCGCGUCACUUGGUUUAACAUUUAACGAACGCACCUUGAAAAUCAACAUGAAAACUUCGUACCAACAUUGGACAGCCAUGAUCCCAAAUCCUGGACCAUUUCCCACCCACGUGGCAAUCACGUGGGAAGACAAUUCAUAUUUGCGGUACUAUGAAAACGGAACAUUACUUGCAGAAGUCCAAGCUGUAGUUGAUCGGAAACUAACGUACUCAAAUAUGACCAAUAGUGAAUAUACUUGGUUAAACCAAUUGACCUUCUUUGACAGACAAUUAACCAAACAGGAUGUCAAGACACAAUAUCAGAAAAGUAAGUCAUGAUGAAAUAAUAUGGAAUAGUUUGAACCCAACCAACCCAAUCAGGGACAAAACCAAACUAAAUUGUGUAUUUAUUGUGUUUAUAUUUUAGAAAUACUAGGCUUCGAAGAGGAUAGUUUUUUAUGGAACUUUACGGGCAUGUCUAGUUACAAGUGGGAUGUCAUUAAAGGAUGUACUCCGAGCAACCUAACUGGGCCUUGUGGUGAUCAUAGUUACUUGAGAAAUAAUGGUAGGUGUGAGACCAUAAGAUUUACUGAGAUUCGUAGCAAUUGUGAUGGUGAUGGUGAUAAUGAUGGUAGUAGUGGUACUUGUAGUGAUGGUGAUAAUGGUGAUUAG